AUGCAGUUUUCAAGUCCCAAGUGCUGCUUUGUCUUGGCUUUGUUUACGGGGAUCCUUCUUGCAGAGGUUAGAUCACAAAGUGACCAAGUAGAGGCGAACGCGCUACGUUUUUUAGGCAGUCUUGAAGAAUUUCAGAAUACUCCGAGUGAGAUUGUAUUCUUGUUGGAUAGCUCUGGUAGCAUAGGGGCAGAAAGAUGGCCACUAGAAGUGGACUUUGUUCGCCAAGUGUCCACUGUUUUUACCGUAUCAUCCGACACUUCGCGUGUCGCUAUCGUGUCGUACUCAUCAGAGGGUCAAAUAUAUACACGAAUAGAUCACAUCACUGAACCGACAGACAAAAAUAAAUGUACUCUUCUUGGACAACUAGAUGACGCGCUGCCAUUCACUAGUGGUGGAACAUACACACUUGGUGCCUUAACCCAAGCCGAAACUUUACUUAAAAAUGGUAGAAAUGGUGCGCCGAG